AUGGUGUUUGAAAAAUAUUAUUUUCAAUUAGUUUUAAAUAGUUAUUCACCUCACGUUGGCCAGCAUUUUGACUUUUACAGCAUUGAAAAUUCUAUUGUAAAUCAUAUAAAAUCUCGUGUAACAGUACUUUUCAAUAAAUGUUCCGCAAAGGCGCUGAAUGAUAAGGAAAAAAGCAUUUCAGAGGUUCAAAACAUUGUAACUUCUACGGAUCUUCUGGCGAUCGAAGAAAUAGAUACUUGUGUUAUUGAUGCUCAAAUGUUACUGACAGAGUCAUCAAGUUCUAGGGAAACAAAAAAUGCAAUAAAUACGACCCUCAAAUGUGUUUUGGUAAAUCCUAGUUAUGAGGAAUGGAAAAAUGGUGCAAGCUUGGAAGAAUACCAAGAAUCUGUAAACAAUACUGCAUCUGAUAAAAUAAAGGAAUGGAAAAAUGGGGCAAGCUUGGAAGAGUCUGUAAACAACAUUGCAUCUGAUAAAAUAAAGGAAUGGAAAAAUGGGGCAAGCUUGGAAGAAUCUGUAAACAACACUGCAUCUGAUAAAAUAAAGGAAUGGAAAAAUGGUGCAAGCCUGGAAGAAUACCAAAAAUCUGAAAAUAACACUGCAUCUGAUAAAAUAAAGGGCAUUUUAUUCAGUCCUUCUAAAUGUCAAUCACCAGUGACAUCUUGUCAUGUUAUUGAGUCGUCUGCUUCAACAUUUCAAAAGCGAAUUGGUGGUGGAAAUGAUGAUAUUUCAAAGAGGAUAAAGUUAGAUGUACCUCAAUUCUUAUGGCCAGAUAUCUAUCCGCCAAUUAAUUUGGAUGAACUUGCUUUAGAUCCAGCAAGACUAAGAGAGGUUGAAACAUGGUUCAAUAAAGCUUUUAGCCAAAAUAAUUAUAAUAUGUACCAAAUGCAAUCCCAUAGGCUUUUGGUUCUAUCAGGACCUCCUGGCUCUUCAAAAACAUCUGUUAUCAAGCUGAUUGCAAAGAAAAGAAAUCUUCACAUAAUUGAGUGGGAGAACCCUCAAACGUUUACUACCGACCAUUCUGAUGAAUCUGUUCCGGUCAUGGCACCGUUCGAAUUAUUUUUGUCUUAUAACGGUCGCAACCCUCACAAACAGUGUAUUUUAAAUCAAAAUAAUUCUCAAAUUAUUAUUGUUGAAGACCUACCAUGCCUUAUUAAUUCGGGAGCAAAAAAACAAUUUCAUCAAGCUAUUAAAGCGCACAUAAAACAUCCCAGAACAUCUUUUCCUCUUAUUCUUAUUAUAAGUGAAGCUCAUAGUGUUGAAGAUUUUGAUGAAUAUGUUGGCAAAAACAGUUUUCAAAGUUUAAGUUUGCGUUCAAUCCUUCCAAAUGAUAUCAUAUCAUCAAACCAAUGUACAACUAUAGAGUUUCUACCAAUUAACAAUACACAAAUGGAGAGGGGUCUUAAAUUAUUUAUUAAUAAGGUUUAUGUCGAUGAUUUCGAUAAACAAGAAGAUGCCCUACAAUUAUGUCCAUUUUUAGCUAAACAAUGUCACGGUGAUAUACGCUUGGCCAUCAAUACUCUUCAAUUUUUAAUGGUUGAAGAUCCUAUCAAAAAUCUUGGAGGGACGGAGGAUCCUAAUGAUGAGGCGCAUAAAGAAAUUCAACAAAAAAUUAACUCGCUUCAAAACAAGUUAAUACACCCACGCGAGGUCCGUGAGCGGAUGCCGUUAAUGUAUACACCUGAAUCGACAUUGGAUAAUAUGUGCACGGAGUAUCACACUUAUUUGUGUAUGUUGCGAAAUUAUUAUCCACAUUUUUACGGAAACAUUUUGGAAUGUCAAUUUGCAUCGGAAUGCUUAAGUGACGCGGAACUGCUGAUGAAUAAUCAAGAUUUUAGA